CUAUGUUUAAAGUUCGGUGAAGAUAAUAUUAAAGUGUUUACUUGUUAAACUGUCUUCUGUCAUGUACGUUUUUAGUCGUGCAUCAUUUAUAAUACUAAAUCGAAGCGGAAGUUUUAAAUUCUUCUUGUUAUCGGGCAUUAAGAUAAAAUAUUAGCGUCGCUAUACUUCGUUCAAAGUGGAUUUAAACAGAAAACAUGGCGGAUAAAAACUUCAUCGCGUUUAUAUUAUGUUGCUGUGUAACAGUUGUAGCAAGUGGGUCAUAUUGUACAAAGUACCAUUCGGGGUCCAUAUUUGAUGAUACAAUAUACUGCCCAUCACUUUGUUGUGGUGACAAAUACAAUCGAUAUUGCUGUAAUAGUAAUACUGGGCUCAUAGUCGGCAUUGUAUUCGGGGUACUUGGUCUGAUAGCUAUUGUGGUAACAGUGCUGGUCGCCGUGUUCUGUUGUUGCCGGAAAUCAAGAGGUCAGCAAGGUCAAGUUUGCCAGCCAGCUGGAGUUGUAACAACAACUCCGUAUUAUGGUGUUCAGACGACCACGGUAACAGGUUACGGACAAACCGGAUACACAAAUGCUGGUUUCCCGCAGCAAAUGCAGGCAACGAAUGUUGCUGGUCAAGUCAAUGACGGACAAAAAUGGCAACAACCACCGCCGCCGUACAGUGCCGUUAAUACAAGCUAGUGCAAUCUACAAAAAAUCAACUUUUAUUUCGGUGCCUAAGAUAAACAUGUAUAGCAAACAUUGUUUAUAUAAUCGUUAGUGCGUUUCACGAUUGUAUACUUAUAAAUAUAUUUCAAACAUGUUUAAAUAUAAGUAAAUGUAUAAAUGUAUAAAAUGCGCGCAGAUCUGAUUUUGAUUAAUCAAAUGUACUUUCUUUGUUUUGUUUUUUUUUUCUUUAUUUAAAUGAUGAAAUCCAGUUUGCUAUUAUAUUUACUUAAGGUACAUUCCUCCAUUUUUUUACUCGCUCAAAAAUUAUGAAGAAUAUUAUUUUAUUAUAAGCAGAAAAUGUUGACAUUUUUGAUCUUCAUAUUUGACAUAGAAGCUUUAAUUAGAUAAAGAGUGCUUUAUCGUAGCUCCAUAUAUUUAGGAAUUUUAUCACAGUUGUUUCCCUUGUCGUAUUUUACAUUCAUUUAUCUUGAAAUUCCUUAACACAUUAUUUACAUAAUAAUUAUAGUGUUCCUAUACGGAUUUCAUUUUUCUUAAUUAUUUUCAUAUCAUUAUUUUUUAUAAUGUGUUAUUUUUCAUGCUGAAGAAAAUAAUAGUCUUAAAAAGUGAAAUUUGCAUAAUAGUAUUUUACAUGAAAUGCUUUUGUUUUAUCUUGACACGUCAAGUUGAUAAUAAUUUAGAGCUAUUAAGUGAUAUCUUAUUACAGUAAGAAUAAAAGCAAUAAGGUAAUUAAAUAAUGAAAUGUAUAAAAUGGUGAUUUUUUUAUAAAUUAAAAAUGGUGAUAAUUUUUUUUUCAGUUACUGAAAGGAUGGUCAUCAUAUCAUACAUGUAUAAAUUAAUAUCCGCAUUACUAACGCAAUAUUUGAUUGAUACUGUUGUUGUUGUUUUUUUAAUUUACUGCCUUAACCCGCAAUACAUUUGAUAACCAUUGCAAAAUUCGUAAUUAUACUAUUUGGCGUCGCUUUUCUUGUGGUUAAACAUAUCGUUCACGCAAAUCUGUCACAUUUUUAAAAAUUAUAUUUCAGGUUUUUAAACACAAAAUUUUAAUAUCUUAUGUUAAUAUCUGUAGAUCUUGUAAACCGGUCGCGUUUCAUCACUUUUUUCAUUUAGAAAUUAUUGUGAGCCUUUUAAGGCUGGGUGCAAUAUAAAAAGUUCACAGACGGAAUAUAUCGGAGUUGUCUAAAUUUAUAUGUACUUCUUUAAUACAUAAUUCUGCUGUUUUGUUUUGUUUUGUAACUAAAAUGGUUAAUAAAGUGAUAUUUUAUUA